AUGCCUGCCCUGCCCGGGAGGCGAGACCGCGGCGCCGGCUCAGCCUCCCCUCGGUGCGCCGGAGCCCCAGCCCCCUCUUUUUUGCCUCCUCUCGGACGGCCCGGGCCGCGGAUACUUCGUGUGAGCCGCUUUUGUCUCGCCAAGAGAGCUGUUUGUUUUUCUUUCUUUAAAGAUAAUCGAAACGUGCCGUUGAACCUGAUGGCUCUGGAUGUUGACCGAACUGUUCUCUAUAAAAUGAAGAAAUCUGUCAAAGCCAUAAACAUAUCUGGUCUGGCUCACGUGGAAAAUGAAGAACAGUAUACACAAGCACUGGAGAAAUUCGGAGGCAACUGUGUUUGCAGGGAUGACCCAGAUUUGGGAACAGCGUUUUUAAAAUUUUCUGUGUUUACAAAGGAAUUAACUGCACUCUUCAAAAAUUUGAUUCAGAAUAUGAACAAUAUAAUCACUUUUCCAUUGGACAGUUUGCUGAAGGGAGAUCUGAAAGGAGUAAAAGGGGACCUGAAAAAACCCUUUGAUAAAGCUUGGAAGGACUAUGAAACAAAAGUUACAAAAAUAGAGAAGGAGAAAAAAGAGCAUGCUAAGCUGCAUGGGAUGAUCCGUACAGAAAUAAGUGGAGCUGAAAUUGCAGAAGAGAUGGAGAAAGAAAGAAGGUUCUUCCAGUUACAGAUGUGUGAGUACCUGCUGAAAGUCAAUGAAAUCAAGAUUAAAAAAGGAGUGGACUUGCUUCAGAACUUGAUCAAGUAUUUUCAUGCUCAGUGCAAUUUCUUUCAGGAUGGGUUAAAAGCAGUUGAAAGUCUCAAGCCCUCAAUCGAGACACUCUCGACAGAUCUUUAUACAAUUAAACAAGCACAAGAUGAGGAAAGAAGACAAUUAACACAGCUUAGAGAUAUUUUAAAAUCAGCACUCCAGGUUGAUCAAAAAGAGGAUUCUCAGAUUCGUCAGAGUACAGCUUACAGUUUACAUCAGCCUCAGGGAAACAAGGAACAUGGCACUGAACGAAAUGGUAGUCUGUACAAGAAAAGUGAUGGAAUCAGAAAAGUGUGGCAGAAAAGGAAGUGCUCAGUUAAAAAUGGUUUUCUUACAAUUUCCCAUGGUACAGCUAACCGACCUCCAGCAAAGCUCAAUCUGUUAACCUGCCAAGUGAAAACAAACCCAGAGGAGAAAAAAUGUUUUGACCUCAUAUCACAUGACAGGACGUACCACUUUCAAGCAGAGGAUGAACAGGAAUGUCAAAUAUGGACAUCUGUUCUACAAAACAGCAAAGAGGAAGCUUUAAAUAAUGCAUUCAAAGGAGAUGAUAACACAGGAGAAAAUAAUAUUGUCCAGGAACUGACAAAAGAAAUUAUAUCUGAAGUCCAGAGGAUGACUGGAAAUGAUGUGUGUUGUGACUGUGGAGCACAAGAUCCUACCUGGCUUUCAACAAAUUUGGGAAUUCUAACUUGCAUUGAAUGCUCAGGAAUCCAUAGAGAACUUGGUGUUCACUAUUCCAGAAUGCAAUCACUUACAUUAGAUGUGCUGGGAACAUCUGAACUUUUGCUUGCAAAGAAUAUUGGGAAUGCUGGGUUUAAUGAGAUUAUGGAAUUCUGUCUGCCAGUUGAUGAGAUGGUCAAACCUAAUCCAAGCAGCGAUAUGAAUGCAAGAAAAGAUUAUAUUACUGCCAAGUAUAUUGAGAGAAAAUAUGCAAGGAAAAAGCAUGCUGACAAUGCAGCUAAAUUACAUGCUCUUUGUGAAGCAGUGAAAUCAAGAGACAUUCUUGGACUAGUCCAAGUAUAUGCUGACGGUGUGGAUCUCACAGAAAAAAUUCCACUGGCCAAUGGUCAUGAGCAAGAUGAAACAGCGCUUCACCUUGCUGUUAGGUCAGUUGAUCGAACAUCCCUUCAUAUAGUUGACUUUUUAGUGCAGAACAGUGGCAAUCUAGAUAAGCAAACAUGUAAAGGUAGCACAGCCCUGCAUUACUGCUGUCUGACGGACAACGUUGAGUGCCUCAAACUGCUGCUGAGAGGGAAGGCUUCUAUUGAAAUAGCUAAUGAAUCGGGAGAGACGCCACUUGAUAUAGCUAAACGCCUAAAACAUACUCACUGUGAAGAGCUGCUUACUCAAGCACUGUCCGGAAGAUUUAAUUCUCACGUUCAUGUAGAAUAUGAAUGGCGGUUACUCCAUGAAGAUCUGGAUGAAAGUGAUGAUGACGUGGAUGAAAAGCUGCAGCAACCCAGUCCCAAUCGGAGAGAGGACAGGCCUGUCAGCUUCUAUCAACUUGGAUCAAACCAGCUUCAGCCUAAUGUAGCAUCUUUGGCAAGAGAUGCAGCGAACAUUGCUAAGGAUAAGCAAAGAGGAUUUAUGCCAAGUAUAUUACAGAAUGAAACAUAUGGAGCAAUACUCAGUGGCAGUCCACCUCCCAUUCAGCCUGCAGUACCUGUUACAAGUAGUGCACCUCCUCUACCUCCAAGGAAUAUUGGCAAAGUUCAGCCUUCAGUUCUUGGCAGUGGUAUUCAGACAAUUUCUUCAUCUAAUGCAAUGUGGAAGACAAAUUCUUUAGGAGUGGAAAGUAUAAGCAGGCAGAGGUCUUCAUCAGAUCCACCAGCUAUUCAUCCCCCUGUGCCGCCAUUGCGUGUAACAUCUACAAAUGUGCUUUCUCCAGCACCACCGCCUCCAGUGGCAAAGACAGCCAGCAUUAUAGAAGCUUUGAACCAGCAAUCUAAACAGCAACCAGCUCCUCCACAAACCAAGCCAACCCCACCACCACUGCCCCCACAACCUCCUAGUAGAAUCUCUCAAAGAAAGCCUAUUCCUGGGACUGAGAAGUCAUCUGGCUUAACUAACAAAGCGCAGUCCAGAGGACUUGGGUCUCUACAACAAACUGCAGCAGGAGAGUCUGUAUGUGAAAUUCCAGUAACACAGACUGGUUCUACAACAAAUACUUUGGCACAAAUCCAGCCACCAGCACCAAUGCCAAGGAAAUCACAAAUAUCAAAAACUAAACCCAAGAGAGUAAAAGCAAUUUACAACUGUGUAGCAGAUAACCCAGAUGAGCUGACUUUUUCAGAGGGAGAUAUUAUUGUAGUUGAUGGUGAAGAAGAUCAGGAGUGGUGGAUUGGUCAUAUUGAUGGAGAUCCCAGUCGGAAAGGAGCUUUCCCUGUAUCAUUUGUGCACUUUAUUGUUGACUAAAUUGCUACUGAUAAGUGGAGACAUUUCUCAUUUCCAGCAGUCACAGAAAUAAGUUUUGCUCUAUUUCAUUUCAUCUACCUAUCUGCAGACACCUUGCCAGAGCACUGCCCAAGUCCUAGGUACUGUAGUUUACUUUUUUAUUGCCACUGUUCUGAUUUUGGGACUUUUAAAACUUUUUUCUAUGUGAAAACUUCUCAUGAGCAGUUUACACUUUAA